UCUUCGUUCGCGUUUCCGAGCCUACCUAAAUAGGAAAUCUGCGAUAGGAACUUCUAUACUCGCUAAGACCUUGGGAAGAGGAGGGUGUUUUGAUUUAGGAUAUAUAUUUCUAGUCAAAUACGUCUGCAUAGGAAAGCCUGAAAACUCUCAAAAUGUCCAACCAAUCCUCCGACAAAGACCUCCAGCCCUUCCCAACCCCUGAGAUCUCCUCCAUAAUCCUCGAAAAUAAGCCCUCCGCCAGAAUCCACUACACAUACUAUCCACCCUCAAAACCCACCUCCAACCAAUCGAACCCCUUCUCACAAACCCUACUCGUCUUCCUCAACGGCCUCAUCCUCCCACGCUCAUCCUGGGCCGCCACAACCUCCCACUUCCUCAAGGUUCGUAUAUCAGCCCAACUACCAUAUCCCGCCCUCCUUUCCUACGACCGCUACGGCCAAGGGGAUUCCGACCAUGAUCCCGACGACAAAGAGCCGCCGCCGUGCCAUGGCCACGACGUCAUGAGCGCCGCUCGCUCGCUCCGUCAAUUUCUGCUACAAAUCUGGAAAGAACAUCUCGAGAUCUCUAACCCCACGCAAUUUCCUAACCUCAUUUUCGUCUGUAAUUCCAUUGGCUGCGCACUCGCCCGCCUCUUUGCACAUACAUACCCAGGCACCGUAUCUGGCCUCCUCUUCCUGGAUUCCAUCAUGGCGAACUCAGAUUUCGUAUCCCUAUGGCCAGAUCCUGACGCCCCAACUUUCGACCCACGCACCCUCCCCCCUGGCGUCUCCGAAAAAGACGUCCGCGACACACGUGAAAAUUACCGCCGCAUGUUCCACCCCUCCGUUCCCAACGCCGAAGGCCUUUCCCGUCGGAACCUCGCCACGCUUCUCCCCUCCCCGUCUUCCCCCUCUCUCAAAGGCCCCGGGGGUUCGGGCCCUUAUCUCACUGUCGUCGGCCACGACUGGGAGGAAUUCGCAGAACAGAGUUACAUGGGUUCGUUGCAUACGCCCAAGAUUUUGACGAUGACGUAUGCGAAUCCGAAGUGGCAGAGGUAUAAUGCGGAGUUGUUGAAGAUUACUGAUGUGGAUAAAGCGAUUGGUCCGGUUAUUGCGGUCGGAUGUGGGCAUUUUAUUCAGAAGGAUGGGCCGGGGUUUGUGGGGGUUGAGAUGGCGGCAUUGUUGGAUAGGGUAGUGAAUGGGGUUGAACAGUUGAGGGGAAAAGAUGCUGAGGCAUAGUAUGUUAUCACAUAAACUGGAACAUGAAUAGGGUAGAGUCUUUCAAUUGUCUUUCAAUUGUCUUUCAAUUGGUAUUUUUACUAGGAUUGAGGAUAUCGUUAAAUGGAUGCAAUUCUCUGUCCUGAAUUACGCCCUUGUAAUAUUCCACUUUAGGUCAUCAGAUGCUUGCGCAUCGUUUGAAAUGCGG